ACAUCUCUAGUUGUCUUUGACUUAAGCUCCAAAUUCACGAGUGAAUCAAAAGUGGCAACUCCUCCCAUAUCCAUUUCCAUGCAUAAAUACACCUCCCUCUGCACCAUCCUCUCCAACUCAAUAUCAACACUUAUCUCAAACCAUGUCUAAUUCCAUUUUUCAAUACCUUCUCCUACUGUUCUUCAUUGCACCCACUUUUUCUCAACAAUCUUUCAGACCAAAAGCACUUGUCCUCCCAGUCACAAAAGAUACCUUAACAACAAACCAAUACAUAGCACAAAUCAACCAAAGAACCCCACUCGUCCCACUAAAUCUCGUCGUUGAUCUCGGCGGCCAAUUCCUCUGGCUAGAUUGCGAACAACACUAUACUUCCUCCACAUACCGCCCUGCACGCUGCCGCUCCGCCCAAUGCUCCCUCGCCAAAUCCACCGCCUGCGGUGAUUGCUUCUCAUCCCCUAAACCCGGUUGUAACAACAACACCUGCGGUCUCUUUCCCGAUAACACCGUUACCCAUACCGCCACCAGCGGCGAACUCGCAGAAGACGUUUUAUCAGUCCAAUCCACCAACGGCUUCAAUCCAACUCAAAACGUCGCCGUUUCUCGUUUUCUAUUUUCGUGUGCACCGACUUCUUUAUUACAAGGACUCGCUAGUGGUGCUUCUGGUAUGGCUGGUCUCGGCAGAACUAAAAUCGCUUUUCCAUCUCAAUUAGCUUCUGCUUUUAGCUUCGACAGAAAAUUCGCUAUUUGUUUUUCGUCUUCAGACGGCGUCGUUUUAUUCGGUGACGGUCCUUACGGUUUUCUCGCAAAUAACAGAUCUCUCCCAAACGUGGUUUAUGAUUCCGAGUCGCUAACUUACACGCCGCUUUUAAUUAAUCCAGUCAGCACGGCUUCGGCUUUCACUCAAGGUGAGCCGUCAGCCGAGUAUUUCAUCGGCGUGAAAAAAAUAAAAAUAGAUAAAAAAGUGGUUGCGCUUAACACGAGUUUGUUAACGAUAAACAGUAACGGUUUUGGUGGAACGAAACUGAGUACGGUGAAUCCUUACACGGUUCUAGAAAGUUCUAUUUACAAAGCGGUUACGGACGCUUUUGUUAAAGCGUCGGUUGCUAGAAACAUAACGAGGACGGAUUCGUUUGAGCCAUUUGAAUUCUGUUACAGUUUUGAUAAUUUGAGUGGGACGCGAUUGGGUGCGGCCGUGCCUACUAUUGAGCUCGUUUUGCAAAAUGAAAAUGUGGUUUGGAGUAUAUUUGGUGCGAAUUCGAUGGUGAAUAUAAAUGACGAUGUUUUGUGUCUCGGGUUUAUGAAUGGUGGUGAGAAUGUGAGGACUUCGAUUGUGAUUGGAGGGUAUCAGUUGGAUAAUAAUCUUUUGCAAUUUGAUUUGGCUGCAUCUAGAUUGGGAUUUAGUGGAUCAGUCUUUGCUCGACAAACUGAUUGUUUUAGAUUCAACUCUACAACAUCCAUCGCUUAGAUCUACUUGCAUCUGUCUUUUGCCAAAUCCUAAGUUUUGGCCUUAUUAGUCAUUACAGAAUCGUCACGCUUUGAAGUUUGAAUAAAUGGCCUUAUUGGUGUGUUGCCUUUCGUUCAUUAUAUAGAUGAUUGGCUUUGAAAUUCAUGCAUGUAUGGCUUGGCAAGGAGUAGUGUGAUGUAAACUAGAUUCUACUGGUAUUAUACACUUUCCCUUUUUAUUGUAUGCACCUGGUUUUAUGUAUCUAAGAUUGAAUAAUUUUGUCUAAGAGACAUAAACAAACACUGUAUUUAAUCUUUCAUUGAUUUCCAGUGUAUGAAACCUUAUCCCUUCAUGUUA